AUGUUUACACCUUCAACACCUGCCACACAUCAAUCAUCAACAAUUACACCCCCGGAUCAAAAUGAUUCAUCAAUAGAAUAUAUUCCUUCCUAUGGACAUACAAUGAGAGGAAGAGGUCAUUCAUCUGCCAGCAAUCAUUCCAACGAUGACAUUGAAAGUAACAGUUUACAUCAAUCAACAACUCCUAGACAAAAACAAACACAAGAUGUUGAUGAUUUAAAAAACAAGUAUCAAUUCAGAAAGAAGCAAUCUUCUCUAUUUUCAACUUGUUUUGGAAGUAUGAGAAGAACUUUGAUAACUUUGUUGAUUUUAAUUUUCUUAUUGGCAAGUUUAUAUUUUCUAGUGGUGGUGAUGAUGCAACAGAAGAGAAGAGCCACCACCCUCGUAAAUCCAACAACACCAAAUUCUGAUUUGAAUCAUCAUGAAAAGAAUUCAGGUGCUGCAAAUGUUCAUAAUGUUGUAAAGAGUGAAAAUGUUAAAAAACAUGAAAUUCUUGAAAAAGAAAAGAAAAAUGGAAUUUUGCAAGUAAAGAAAAAGAAAUCAAAGAAAGAGGAUGAAGAAUUAAUUGAUGAAAAGAGUUUAGAUGAAUUGUUGAGAGAAGAUAAAAAACCUAAAAAAAAGGAAAAGAAGGAAAUUAAAAAGAAAAUUCAACCAAAAAAGAAAAUUCCCCAAAUUGUGAGAAAAAAGCAAAUUGUUUAUCAAGGACAAGAAAAGAAGGCAAAACAUGAUGAAGUCAUUGAAAAGUAUUUGAAACUCAUCGAUGAAAAGAAACCAAAAAAGAAGAAACCAACAACACUUGAUGAAGAUUUGAAAAAUCAUCCACUUUUACAAUUAGAUCCAGAACCAUUUACACCAAAGAAAGAUCAACCAAAGAAUCAAAAAUUGGAAAAGAAGAAGGAAAAGUCAGUUGAAAUUCCAAAAGAGGAAAAGAAACUUUCUGAACCAGAAGUUGUGGUUGAGAAGAAGGUUGAUAACAAACCAAAUACUCCUGCCCCUGAAGAAAAGGAGAAAAUAGUUCAAGAACCAUUGAAAGAACAACCAAAGGAAACUGAAAAGAAAGUUCAAGAACAACCAAAGGAAAAUGAAAUGAAACCAAAUGUUGAGGAAAAGAAAGUUGAAAAUCCAAAACCUGAAGAUGAUUUGGUGAAAGAUGUAAAACCUGAAUCAAUUGAAGAGGAAGAAUCUGAGAAGCCAACAAAACAAGCUGAAACUCCAAAGAAACCAUUGGAAAAGACAAAAGAAGAAACAAAGAUUUCUUCUGAAAAACCAAUUGUUAAAGCUCCAAAGAAGAAAUCAAUUGAAAAGAAGAAAAAGGAAAAGAAACUUCCAAAGAAAAAGAAGCAAAUUAAAAAGAAACCAGUCAAAAAAGCAAAGGAACCAAAGAAGGAAUUAGAUGAUGCUACUCUCCUUGCCACUCAUCCACUUUUCCAAGAUGAUCCACAUCCUUAUGAACUGCCAAAAGAGGAACCAAAGAAGGAACAACCAAAGGAAGCUGAAAAGAAACCAGAACCUAAGAAAGACAAUAAGAAAGUUUCGAAUAAGCAUCCUAUUAAGGCAAACAAGAAACCUAAGAAGGCAAUCAUUAAGAAAAAGAAGGCCAUCAAGAAGAGACCAGCCAAGAAGAUUGCUAAAAAGCCAAAGAUCGCCAAACCAAAAAAGGCAGCAGCAGGUAAGAAGGACGCUGCUGAACAAGAUUUCAGCAAACACCCACUCUUCCAAGAAGAACCUCAUACAUUCGUACCAGUUAAAGAAGAUACAAAGACUGCUCCUGCAACACCUGAAAAGAAAGGUCCAGCACCUCAAAUUCCAUCAGAUCUCACCGAUGCAAAUAUUAAGGAAUAUCUUUCAGCUUAUAGAGCUCAUCAUGGUUCUUUGGAAGGUAUUGAAAAUGGAAUGGAUAAGAAACAAGCAAAGAAAAUUAUUAGUUUUAUUGAAAAGGAAUAUUCGAAAUAAAAUUAUUUAAUAAU